GCAUAAAGAUGGCGUACAAAAUCACUAACGGUUAUUUAUCUGCUUCUCGCAGUGGUCGCAAAAUCACGAUCAUGGCCGUGAUUUAACUUUAUUCACAAUCGAUUUUUUGAUCUUGAGUGAAAUUGUUCAAUGCGAUAGUAUUUCUUGAUCUUGAUUAAAUUAUUUCUUAUAAAAUAUUCCAAUAUAGCUUGCGUAUAAUGUUAAUUCAAAAUUACGUUACGUUUUCUUCAUAUAUAAAUUUUACGACAGCGAAACGGUCGAGAAGGUGGAAAAACAAGAAACAAAUUGUGAGACAAAGGUAUUUAAAACGUGGGUGAAGAGGCAUCGAAAAAUGCCAUCAAGCAUUUUAGGGCCGCCCGACUUUUGGAUGAAAUUUGAUAAACAAGUGGAUGCGCUAAACACAGCUUCGAAAGAGAGUAACGAUUACAAUAUGCUUUGCACGUUUGUUUAUCAGGAAUGUAAUGGUUAUCGCAAAUUCAUAGUAGCUCAUCCUGAAAUAUAUUGGUGGCAUUAUGAGCAUCUGCCGGCAGAAAGAAGAUGCUCUUACGAGAUAAUUCCAGAAAAUCAGCCUUGUCGAUUAUAUUUGGAUUUAGAGUAUUCGAUCGAACUAAACUCGGAACAUGAUGGACCGUCUAUGACAAAUAUAUUAAUUGAUAUUUUUUGCAUGUACUUGCUUAAGUACUGGCGUAUAAUAUGCAAUAAAUACAACGUAAUCAAUCUAGAUUCAAGUACUAACGAAAAAUUUAGCAGACAUGUUAUAUUUAAUAUUAGAGAAGUAGCCUUUAGAAAUAAUUAUCAUGUUGGUAGAUUGGUAAAAUCUAUAUGCAUGGAUAUUUUGGAUUAUGUUUCAUCUAAGAGAAAGCAACACGAUAUUUUAACCUGCUUUGAUAGAAUGCAGCUUGAAGGAUUAAUUGUUGAAACAAAGAAAGGAAAAAGACUGUUUGUUGACACUGCAGUUUAUACUAAGAAUAGGCAUUUUAGAAUAUAUAAAUCCACCAAGUGGGGGAAACAAUCAAAUCUGGUGAUCUCAAAUGAUUGUAAAUAUAUUCCAUCUAAUGCAUAUAAUGAUAACGAAUUAAGCAUAUUUAUAGAUUCUUUGAUAUCGUAUUUUGAUACGAAGAAAGGCUUGAUAUUAUUGGAAUGGUCUGAAAACUGUGUACCAAAUACGAAUUGUUUUAAGGAUAGAGUACAGCAAUGCAGUUAUCAGGAAAGUGGUAGUGCCUGUUCAAAUUUUCCAAUGUUAGAUAAAUAUGUUAACAACUUAAUAUCCCCUGGAAAAAUACGUGUAUGUAAAUAUUAUGAAUCUGCAAAAAUAUUGGUCUAUGAAACUGUGGGAUACAGGUACUGUGAAAAUAUUGGCAGAUGUCAUAAAAGUAACAAUGUUUUAUGGAUCGUUAAUUUAAAAAAUAAAACGAUAUAUCAGAAAUGUCAUGAUCCAGACUGUUUUGGUUUUAAGUCUCAACCAAAACAAUUACCAGAGGAAGUUUAUUUUCAAAUCGACGAGGAAGGUGAUACAUUUUUGAGUAGUGCUAUAACAGAGGACAUAGUGUAGAAGACUAGUCCUUUUAAUAUCAAAAAGUUUUAUUGAGGUAGAAAUAUCUGAAAGACAUCAUUGUUAGAUGGAGGUAAUACACAGAUGGGAACAAAGUUGUUGAACAAUUUUAAAUACACAAUACAAAGCUUUGUUUCCACGAUAUUUUCUCCCAAGAUUGGUACGAAAUAUUAAAAUAUAAAACAUUUACAUGCUUUUUUUUGCAUGAUAUUCCAAACGUCUUAUAUAAUGUACUAGAUUAUUGUGUAUUAUAUUAAGAUGUAUACUACAUGAAGAUGUGUGUUACAUUGCACAAAUUAUUUACAAUUUAUAUAAGUAAUGAAUGUGAAUCGAUCCCAUUAUAUAGACACACACAUAUAUAUAUAAUUGUACAUAACAAAUUCAGAUAUAUGUACUUGUAGAAAAUUAAUUCUCCAUAUUUUAUGCAACUAUUUAUAUUUUCACUACCCUCAGUGUACAUAAAUACAACAUAGCAUUUUUGCUGUGUAAAAUUAUGUAGACAAAAAGAUCAUGUACAAAUUGUAAUUUACCUUACAUUUUUUUACGAUUGAAUACAUUCUUCUUCCCAUAUUUUUCUUUUGUACUAUACAAUGAAUAGCGUAAAUGAAACUAAUUACGAAUAUGAUCAGUCUCGUGUUUGUUGCAAUAAAGAAUACCAUAAAAACAAAA